CGCAGAGGAAGAGAGGAGUGUGGCGCUCAGGAGAGGAUAAAACUGGACUGUUUAACGAUUUCUCUGGAGAAGGAAGAUAAGAAAAUGCUUGUGGCUUCUCAAACCAACACAUAAGCAUCAGAAACUUAAUAGGAGGCAGCCUCAGAGAGAGAGGGCCGCGUAGAGUUAGCGUGAGGACACUGGCUGCUUUGUGAGCCCCUUUGGCCGCACCCGACCUCUAUGCGCAUCUGCCUCCACGUGGACCCCAAGGAGUCUCAGGCCUUUCAUGGAACGCUGCUUGGCAGCAUCGGCAGCCAGGCAUCGGAAGUGACAACCAUGAAUGCCGCUCCCGUCCCGCCGCCGCCGAUCCCCCCUCCUCCUCCUCCUCCUCCCCCUCCUCCGCCUCCGCCCCUGCCGGUCACGGCCACCUCCAUUGGCCGGCUGGACUCAGCACGUCGACAGCGCCUCCGCAACCUCAACUGGGAGCGGAUCCCAAAGGAGCGUGUGGAAGGACGCAAGAACGUGUGGAGCUUCUCCCUAGCUGGCGACGACGACUUCCUCAUCGACCUGCACUCUCUGGACGAACUCUUCGGACAGAAGGAGGCUCGCAAGCCGGACAGAGGAGACAGCUUCAGGCGCAGCCUGCGCCGAUGUAGAUCCCCUCAGGAAGCUUGUGCCGACAAGGUUUCCCUGCUUGACUCAAAGCGCAGCAUGAAUGUUGGGAUAUUUCUACGGCAGUUCAAAACCGCAGCCAAGGAGAUUGUGGAGGAUGUGAGGCAGGGGGCCGGGGAGCGCUACGGGGCCGAAAAACUCGCCGAGCUGUGCAAGCUGCUGCCUGAUAGCGAGGAGGAAGCACGGUUGAAAAGGUUUAUAGGAGAGCGUAGCAUGCUUGGAGAGCCAGACCUCUUCAUGCUCUUACUGGUGGAAGUACCAAAUGUUCGCCUGCGCCUGGAUGCCAUGAUCCUACAGCAGGAGUUCGACCCUGCUGUGACCUCUCUCUGUGUGGCGGCCAGAUGUCUGGGGGAGGCAGCUCGAGAGUUGCUGAAGUGCCAGAAGCUUCAUUCCAUCUUGCGCCUGGUGCUCAAAGCUGGGAACUACAUGAAUGCUGGAGGUUACGCGGGGAACGCAGCCGGCUUUAGGAUUGCCUCUCUGCUCAAACUGGCCGACACCAAAGCCAACAAACCAGGCAUGAACCUCCUCCAUUUUGUUGCCAUGGAGGCUGUAAAGAAGGAUGAGGACUUACUGACCUUUCCAAGCCAGCUGAGUCAUGUCAGUUCAGCCUCAAGGCUAUCAGAGGAAUCUGUGCUUGAGGAUCUGUGCCGGUUACAGAACAGAGUAGCAGCACUGAGAAUCAGUGCUCAGACAGAGGCUGAGAUUGAACAGCAGACAAGAUCUUUCCUGGAGACCGCAGAAGUGAGGCUGAAGGAAGCCCAGGAUGAGGUGGAUAGCUUACGUAAGACUAGCCAGGCAUUGGUGGAUUUUUUCUGUGAGGAUGAGAGCUCCUUCAAGUUGGAAGAGGCCUGCCGCAUCUUUCAGUGCUUUUGCCAUCGCUUCCAAAAAGCUGUGAGGGAGAACACUGAGCGGGAGCGGCAGGAACAGAGGCGUGCAGAGCGGGAGCGGGAGAACACUGAGAAGCGACGCUCGUUGGCGCUGUGUGGUGGCCUUGAGCUGGGUCGAGAGCCUGAUGACCUGGAGCGCACGCUGGAGAGGAACCUGAGCUACACCUGGAGCCGGCGCAGCCUCCGCAGACAGUCGCAACAUGUCCUCAACUAUGAGUGCAAAAGCUCGGACUCUAACUCACCAAGACCUCUUAGUUCUGAGGGAGAAGACCUCCAACAGGUCAUCGGCUCAGAGGGUUACGGUAGAAACUCUGUGCUUAGUAGGCAAACACUAACUAAGGACAGUGUUAAUAGCACAAACGGCCAGAGCAGAGUUGAAAUGGACGCUUCAAUAGGGGAAUGUUUAUUAAGAACGGACUCUGCAUUUGGCCUUUACAGAAACACGGAAGUUGUUCAGGACAGUGUGAAGAGCCAAGCUGAUGCUGCUACAAGGUUUUGUCCAAGGAGAGUGUCCAGUGAUGAUGCCUUUAUUUCUCCAGGAGAUAAUACCAUAGUCCAGCAACAGGGGUCAACGAAUGUCUCAUCCCUCACAGGAAUGUCCCCUAAGAAGGUGUUGAAAGUUGAGAGACAGGUACAUGACGUCUCUGAAAGGUUAGCAGAUAUAACAACGGAUGUUUUAGAGGAAGUAGGGAAGCAGGACAGUACAGAUGCUGCUGAAGCUAGCUCUCAGCAUCAUCUGUCUGAGAAAAGAAUGGCCCUGGAGGCUGAUACUAAGAAGUUAGGGACAGUUAUGGAGAUUUGGCCGGGGUCCUGCCCUCCUGCAGCGGCCCCGCAGCUGGCCCAGGAACCGGAACCGGCCAGCCCGGACAGAGAGCGGACAUACUUGCGGGUAGGCGAGACUGUGGAGUGCCACACUCUAGUGAAGGGCCUGCAUUCUUACGAGGCCCUUUCGCCCACUGUGCCACGGCCUUCCCCCAGCCACUGCUCCAAAUGGAGGAAGGAGCUGGAGGCUGAGGAGAGGGACGGAGCAAGUUCACCUCAGGCCAAGGAAGACCCACGUGCUGGAAAGACCUCAGCUCGAGGGCCUGCUAAAAGGGGGAUGACACCCCGAAGUUUGCUCUCUAACAGCACUGGCGUUCCAAAAGUGCGGGCCAAGGCAGAUUCAAGCCUUUCUGAGGGACCUUCCACCCCUCGUGCUUCACGCCUCACCCCUCCUCGCACCUCCUCUAUGCGCUUGUCCCCUAUCACGCGGCCCACCAGCAUCCAAAGUGAGCUGAAGCGCAGUAGCAGCACGCGGGACAAGGCGAGCGGGCAGUCUGACACGCUGGUGAAGCAAAACCGGCGACCUGCAGAGAAAGCCAGCCAGGAUAAGGAGAAGGUGCUCCCGGGCCGUGAGCCGUUUGUCAGGGGCUCCCCGUUACGAGUGUCCAAGCGGCUCGCCUCCAACUUUGAACCCCAGAGCCCGUGCCAGGCUCGCACCGUCCACAGCCCAACAGCAGCUACGAACGCAAAGACCAUUCGAACUGCUGUCAUCAGUGCAGCCAAAGCAAAAACAGCCAAGAAUGCAGACAGUGCCUCCACUAAGGUGACAUCAGGGGCGAGGAUUGCAGGCCCCAAAGUCCCACGACCUGCCACUCAGCCUAUGUGGAGGUGAUGUUUGAAGGUCUUCACUUAGUGGUGACAACACAGACUGUGGUAUAUAUGUGUGUGUGUGUGUGUGUGUGUGUGUGUGUGUGUGUGUUUGUGUUUGUAUGUAUAUGUGCAUUUAAGGGCAUUUGUAGGGUGCUCGCAGGCAUUUGAAUGAAUAGUGUAGAGGGAUUAAAAGCACCUAUUUUCCUUUUCGGACUGAAGUCACUGCGACGGGUUUUGUUGUCUAAACCAUCAAUUCAGUCCUAUCACCUAGCUCUGUCUCUGUCCAGAAUGCCCUUAGAUAAAAGAGCCAUUCAUUCUUUUUAGCUCGAAAGGGCCUGAGACCAGGGCACUGAAAUAGAUCCCAAAGAGAGGAGGACAGCCACUCCUCUCAGAGUCCUCCACUGAGUUAGGUGUCGCGAUGCGAUUUAUCCUUUUCAAAACAUGGUGACUGUUAAUGAUGUGGACACAGUCCACAGAGCUGGGUGCAGCACUGCCUACCUCUGAACAGUAGGGUGCUCUGUGCAGGCUACGGAGCACCUCUGGAGGAAAGUCAAAUGCAAUUCCUGCCAGAAAAGUUCUUAUAGCAGCCCGUCUUUGGACCCGACAAGCUUUGUCGUUCUUAGUUUUGAAUGUCUUAAUUCAAAGUGUUUGUCCUUUGUUCCUCUUAGCUCUCAGUGUAUCACGUGACAUUGUGAAAAUGUCGAACAGUUACAGUGAGACAUGGCACUUGGGUGUAAGGACCUGCAGUUACUGAGUGAUUUUUAUAUUGUCUGUCUUCAUGCACAGCAUCCACACACUGCCACACAAAUGGUCCUUACACCAGUUCAAAGUGACCGAGUAGUUUAGAUUAGGUACAAAGUCAUUAAUUUAAGACAAAAAUCAGUUGUGAAGGGAUAUGUAGGUCUUAAUGCAAAGUCCCAAAGCUGCAUGAGAGAUACCACCAUGUGAGCGGUAUGUUACCACUGUUUCGGUACGCAGC